ACCCCUCCUCCCUCGCAUUACACACACACACACACACACGCCGUGGAUAAAAGGCAAGAAAUGACUAACAAUGACGGAGUAACGGUAGUCUGCUAGAGCUAGCUGCCGUUCUUUUGUGAAUGUAGACGAACCGGAGGCAUGCAUUCGGCGUGCAGUCCGUAAGAACAGCGUUCAGCGGAAGAGCGUGUACCCGUCCUGAGAGCCAUGAGAGCGGCUUCCUUUUGCAGCUGUGUUGAAGUUUUCUGGAAUGAAAAUGGACCAUAAGGAGUAAGAGCCGGCUGUGGGCUCCCCCUGACCUGACACUGACCCCGCCCCUGACCACGCCCUGCCACGCCUGGCCCCGCCCGGGUGCUGAGGGGGGAGGGGGGACUGGGAUGAAGUCCAGCAUGAAGCACUGGAAGCAGCUGGUUCUGGUGGGCAUGCUGGCGUGGGCCCUGCUGUUCCUCAUGCUGCUGUCCUACUUCAUGGACUCCCGGACGGGCGAGACCCGCUCCUCCGCCCCGCUGUCCCACGCCGAGACCCGCCGCCUCGCCUCCGUCCAGGGCAUCAACCGCGCCAUCAUGGGCUCGCCGCUCGACCCCACCGCCGCCGCCCCCGCCCCCCCGGGCCCCGAGCCCGGCCGCGGGUACGAGAGCCGGGAGGGCGCGCCCUACGCCAGCCCGGACCCGGACCCGGACCCGGACCCUCAGGCCCUGGCUGCUUUCGGCACCCCAGGAGGAGCGGAUCCGAGGGACCCCAGGGUGACUCCAGCCCGGGAUAGUCCCGUGGGGAACAGCGCAGCCGAAGAGGAGGAAGAGGCGGAGGCAGAGGAGGGGGGGGAGGAGGAAGAGGAGGAUGAGGAGGAAGAGGAGGAGGACGGGGGGACGAUGAAGACCACGCAGAAGACCAAAGCCCACUGGGAGAGCAUCGAUGACCUGGAGGAGUACUUCUCCAAGUCCAAGUCGGCCAUCCUAGGCCUGUGGCGCGGGAACGUCUCGGCCGCCAUGCUGAGCCCGCGGCUGCAGAAGGCCAUGAAGGAGUACCUGAACGCCAACAAGCACCACGUGGCCUACAGGGGGCGCCGCGAUACAGGCCGCACGGGCCAGGAGGUCCUGUGCGAGCUGGAGAAGCGAGUGCAGGUGCGGGCCCUGGACGGGAAGGAGCAGCCCUUCUCCCAGAUGGGCUGGGGCAGGCUGGUGCCCCCCCGGCCUCUGGACCAGGUCCACGGGGCCCGGUUUCAGACCUGCGCCGUGGUCACCUCCGCCGGGGCCAUCCUCAACUCCUCCCUGGGGAAAGAGAUCGGUGAGUCAGUCUCCUGGCAUGCUCCGCCCUGUGAGGGGCGGCCACAUGAGGUGGGGAGAAAAACCCUGAAACGGAUUCUAAAUUGCUCACAGAUACUGGCCAACCCCAAGCAUCGUUUCAACACCAGCUCCCUGUACAAAGGGGUCAUCCUGGUCGCCUGGGAAUCAACAACGUACACCUCUGACCUGCAGGAGUGGUAUAACAGCCCGGACUACAACCUCUUCACUCCGUACGCGCAGCACCGUCGGCGCCACCCCUCCCAGCCCUUCUACAUCCUGCACCCCAAAUUCAUCUGGCAGCUGUGGGACAUCAUCCAGGGGAACACCGAAGAGAACAUCCAGCCCAAUCCGCCGUCGUCCGGCUUCAUCGGAAUCCUCCUGAUGAUGACCCUGUGCAAGGAGGUGCACGUGUACGAGUACAUCCCCUCGCUGCGGCAGACGGACCUGUGCCACUACCACGAGCAGUACUACGACUCGGCCUGCACGCUGGGGGCCUACCACCCGCUGCUGUACGAGAAGAUGCUGAUCCAGCGCAUGAACACGGGCUCCGAGCAGGAUCUCAAGAGGAAGGGCAAGGUCACGCUCCCUGGGUUCAGCACCGUCAGGUGCGACCCCUGACCCCCCUGACCCCUGACCCCUCCCUCCGCAUCAGGGGGGUCCCCUCGCCAAAACCGAGUCCGGAAAAUCGACGCAAUAACCCGUGACGGACGGGUCAAUCAGCGUGCUGUAGCGUUCGUAGGAGAGCACGGCCAGCGAGAUCAACGACACGAUUCCUGAGGGGAAAGCGAGGGAGAACGGGAUUGGACAGGAACACUGAGAACGACCAAUAGGAGCUGUGCGUAAACAGUCUUCACGCUGCAACGAUGGUAGAAUUUCGAUACUUGAUACUCCUGCUUCAGUGGGGGAAAAAAACACUCCUACCAUAAAAGAAUAUUGCAGCAAAAAGCUUCUGAAAUAUAUUUUUUUGAUCUUCUUGACAAGAGAAAUACAUUGUAAUUAACUUCCUUAAAACAUCACCAUUGUGGAAGUAAAAUGAAACUAUAAGGUACAAAACAAGACUAUUUUUAUAUCUGUUUAACUAAGUGUAUCUUCACAGGGCCCUCCUAACUAAAGCAUAUAUAACACUGAGUAUGUCACUGCAUUAAGGAACGGUUAAGGCAAAUGUGUUUUGUGACGUGACACAUGCCCUUUUAUAUUAAUAUUAAUAUAUGAACUCCUUUUUAUAUUAAUAUUAACGUAUUCCUUUUUAUAUUAAUAGGCCAUUCUCACUGUUAACUGGCAUAAUGCAUAAUGCAGCUGUUUAUUAAUGCUUUAUAAAGUAGUUAUGCAAUGUUUAUUAAUGUAUUACAUAUACCUUACGAAGUCACACAAGUGUCAGUGCAACACAGUAAUAUUUACAGGUAUUAGGCAUCACUGUGUGAGUGGAAACAGUGUAAAACAUACUUAUUUUCAGAUGUACAACCUUAUGAUCAAAAAAUGUCAAAACAGUUCUCUGUGCUACAGGCUUUUUUAUGAAUGAAAACUAAACCUGUGACACCAACAAACACAGAAAAGACAGAGAAGCAGAAUUACACUUAGGGGGAAACAUUGAAUACAUGCCUCCUUUUUUACUGUUUGUCAUUUUAUUUCGCAACGCGAGAUUCAGCUGAUGAGGCAUUUUGUGUUUAAAAAUGCAUUAAGAUGUCAGAGAUGUCCUUCCUGGAGGCCAAUUUCUAGUAUCUUAAGAGCAGUGUCAGGGGAUACAUUAAUUACCCUUGUAAAACAGAAAUAGAAAACGCAUUGUGUGCUAACAUGGACAAUAUAAUCCCAAAUCCUUCCUACUGCUUAAAGAGUAAAAAAAAAAAAGCGGUUUGAAAAAAAUAACUUUUAAUAAAAUUGCUCUGAAGCGGUUUCAUACAUUUCAAAUGUACUCUGUAACCUCUCUUGGCUGUUUGUGCUCAUUUUAAAACGCAAGCAGUAAUUCAUUGGUUGCCCUUCCAUUUUGAUUUCAGAAGUGAACUUCAAUGUGGGCUUCUUGUGUAUGCCUGUUUUAAAAAGUCCAAAUACGAUCCACAUGUGGAGCACUGUCCUUUUGUAAAUGUGCACAUAUAAGUGGUCAUUUUGGUAAUUAAAAAAAUCUCAAAAACCUCAA